AUGACAGACUCCUUACAAACCAUAUGGAAGAAAUGCGCUUAUUGUGAACGAACCUUCUCCAAGCUGGAGCACUUGCGGCGUCACCAAAGAUGGCAUACCGGAGAAAAGCCCUUCAAGUGCGCGUUUUGCGGGCGUAGGUAUGCUCGAAGCGAUGUGCUGGCCAGACACAUCCGGAAUCAUCAUCCCAGUGACGACAAUGGUCCAGAGGACAUGUUGACCGAGCCCAUGGUCCCUCGUUCAAAACCUCGCGAACACCCUCAAGCUUCAGAGCUGCCUGAUCGGGCCCAUAAUGCAGCUCAAACUCCGCGUCGGCCUUCAGAUGUCAGUGAGAUGAACUUCAUGUUAGGAGGGCCAACAGAGCAGCCAACAACCAGGGUCGAAUGCGUCCGCAUCGUCCCAGCGACAGAUGGUAGUACACAGCCAGCAAUCGUCCCUCAAACACCUCUGACGCGCCCCAACGCCUCAAGGCUCGAGAACAGACAAGGUGAUAUCUGCCUGACCUGGAAAUCUCCGAUCCUAGGCCCUGUUCUUCGACCAGAUGGUCAAGAAAGCCAGGAACCAGCCGUCAGCGUGGACCGUGACAGGUCCCACGUUCAGCUCGAAGAAAAUCAUCACUUCACGUGUACUGCGGGAGCACUGGCACUGAACCAUGAUAUAAUUGAACCGUCCCACUUAUCAGACAACCACCAAGGGAAACAAGUGCAGCACAAUGGAACCUCGCAGGCAGAACAUGCGCCACGUGAGCACAAUUUCAUCCACCCACAAGCCAACAAUCUAAAUCCUGCGAUCGCCCAGCAGGGUUUAACGAUACCUGCCUCGCCUUACCUGGAGGAGAUGGACUUAAAUGGCAUGAUGGGAGCGGAAUUGACGGGCUUUGAUACCGAAGAUAUUGAUUUCACGCAGAACUCCAAUGCUCCUGACUUGCUCUGGCUAGAGUCUACCAUUAUCGACCUACCGAAUUUGAAUGGCUUGGUCACAGACCUUCCAACUCCAAUUGAAGAACAUAUGUCGUGUCAGGGUCCACUGCCUAACCCAAGCCUAUCUACAGACAGGCUUAGUCGCGUGCAGAGGGCAUGGCCAACAAAAUUGGUUCGUCCCAUUCGGCUAAUACGGAGACUUUGGCAGACCGCUCUCCAACAUCCAGCUGACAACGUCUUGAGUCAUGAUGGCACAGAACCUCGAAGCCAGAACCCUCACCAGAGCAACCUAACAGGUUCAAGGUGGAACAUUGAUGCCAGCUGCAGGGAGAGGCUCUUGCAAGACAGCCAUAAAAUCUUUGGCAAAGAGGGAUCCCUUUAUGCCAUACCCGUGGCUCAGAGCGACACUCCCCAGAGCUCGACGUCGACGACAUACGAAACCAAUUUUCCCUCGGUUGAGACGUUGGAUAUGAGUCUGGACCUCUAUUUCCAGCGCUUCCAUCCAUCCAUGCCUUUUAUACACCAGGCGACCUUCGAUGCAAGGACAACACCAAGCGCGGUGCUCUUCCCGAUGUGUCUCAUUGGACUCUCGUCACUAGAUCCCAGAGGUUCCAGGGACUUUGUCCGCAACGAAUGGAUGAAACUGGUACAUUCCUGCCGACUGGAGCUUACCUCCCAAGCCCUUGGGAAGCGGCCACCUUGGGAGCUCAUUACAGCCGUAGCUGCCUCAUUGCUUGUGCUCAAUCUUGCACUUUGCAUCUCGCGACGACUCGAUGAGAAUGAAGCUCAUAUGCUCUGCAUUCAGACCUUACACGUUGCAGAAAAGCAUGGAUUGUUUGCGGCUUGUGACGGCAAAGAACUCGACCUCAAUCUGAUGGGUCCGGCCUCGGACCUGCAACGUCUGUGGAAGCCUUGGGCGCGAGCAGAAUCCGUCAAGAGGAUGGUCACAUGUCUUCUCAUCAUUGACGCCACCUACGCCAGCCUUUGGGGGACGGCAGGAGUCCUUGAACCGGACAAGCUCGAAAUAAUUUCCCCUUGCAAAUCAGCAUUGUUUGAAGCUCCUGAUGCGGUGACAUUCGCACAGGAGGUGGAAACCAACGCCCAGAUCGUCAUGCCUCGCAUGACGCUGCAGCGAAUGUCGAUGAUGUCGUCGGCCAUGCUCGGGAGCAUAGGACUUCAAGCAUUGUUAGCUACCAUCUCCAUCCAACAUUCUGUAGCCCGUCAUAGACUGUAUCCAAGCCAGCUCGACAGCAGUGAGACACGGGCCUCUGCACCUGUUCAAAGAUAUGCGCUGGAUGAUCAUGCAAAGAACAUCGCUCCUCUCUUGGCCACCAUCCCCAGCAGCCACAGGGACAACUUCAAUCAAGAACACCAGCAUGCUCUGCUCCUCUGGAACAGCCUAUGUAUGUCCACCACGGUUGACAUGGACCAAUUCGAACUUGCCCUGGGCCACGAGGGCGCAAUAUCUGCACAGAAUGCUCUGUUAAACAUCACCACCUGGGCAAGAUCCCCUGAGGCGCGAAGGGCUGCACUACACGCCUCGCAAAUUUUCUGGAUUCUCUCACAGGCCCGUGUCUCUGAACCUACAUUGCUUCUACACGAGCACAUGAUAUUCACGGCUGCCCUUGUUCUGGCCUUUUAUGUCUUCAAAGCGACUCCAACGCCAUUGGACCAGGCCGUCGUCUCUUCUUCCGGGACGAAACUAGAAUUGUUGCAGAAGAUUGAUUGGGCCGAGGUCGGGAUGGAAGGCUUUGGCGGGGCGACUUCGCAGGUUGGACAAUGCUCGGCGGCGAAACGCUUCAUCAGAAGUGGUGGUCCCAUCUCCUUUGCUGGCGUGGAAGUCGUCGGAGAACUGGCGGCAAGGAAGGUCAUCUUGAACUAUGCUCAUUUACUUGAUGAAGUUGCAAAAUGGGAGGGGUCCGACUAUUGUGAGGCACUCAAGGCCAUUGGAGACUUUUUCAAGUCCGAGUCGAGGGCGUGA